UCUUUUAAAUUUUAAAUUUUAAAUUUUUAUUUCUGAUUUUCGUUUCUUUGAUUCCUGUCAGCAACAGUGCAAAGAGGAUCUCUGCCCCUACGAGGGAGAGGAUCCGAAGCCGGUAGGGUGAAGCCCAAUCUCAACACUAGCCAUGUGUGAUUGCGUUUUCUCGACCUUUCAACCCUCCCAUGGCGUUCAAAUUCGGGAAUUAGGGUUCACCAGGAGCUGUCAAAGACCAAGAAAUGCACCAAUGCGAAAGGUGGGUUCCCGAAAAUUUUCAAUCCUAUCAGUUGCUUCCAAUUCAGGCAGCAAGGGCUGUGGAAAUGGUGGUCUGCGGUUCGCUGCGAGUGGUUACGAAGCAAAAUCAAGGAUUUCUGCAAAUUUUAGUGGAAAUUUGGGAGUGGCAGGGUCAGAAGACUACGAGUUUAACAGCGAAUUAGGGUGUAAGGAGAAAGAAGAGAAGCAUUUCGGCCCCCAAAGUAGUCCAAUUAAUGGUGAGACCAGCGUGGUUGAUUUUCUUGAGUUGAAGGAUGGUUCAGAGGGUGAGAAGAGAAGAAGAAAGAGAGAGGGAGGCUUGAAACAAGACGAAGAUUAUUUGGUCCGAAUUGAAGAUUCCGAAUGUGCCGGUUCGAAGAUUGAGGAGUCUGUGAAGCUUCAUGGAAGGCGGGGGUUGAAGAACGGAAGGCAAGUGAUGAGGAGAUCGAGAAUACUUGCCAAGCAAGUUAUCAGCAUGCAAUCUGCUCUUAGCUUGGGUUUCGUCUCGCAGCUUUGGGUGGACACUGCCUCUUGGGUGGUAUUGGUUGUAGAAGUGAGGCCAAACUUGCUUUCUGGGGAAUCAGAAAGGUUUCUUCUAGAGGAAGUUUUCCAGGUUGGUGAUGUUGUGCUUCUCCGUGAUGAGAGAGUGAUGGAAUAUGAACUUAAAAUGGUUGGACUGGAAACGCUGGUAGGAUAUAAUGUUGUAACACCCAGUCAACGAAAGAUUGGAAGGGUUCGGGGAUACACUUUCAACAUUAACUCUGGGGUUGUUGAAUCACUUGAGCUUGAUUCAUUUGGAAUUUCCAUUAUUCCAUCUAAUUUGGUAACCACCUAUGCCUUGCUUGUUGAGGAUGUGCUAGAAGUUGUAUCUGACACAGUUGUCGUGCAUGAAGCUGCAGCCUCAUGCCUACAGAGGCUGACAAAGGGUUUCUAUGACACCAAGUCCCUGAAGGAGGGGAUGUCCACUGAUGGUCCAGGAGAAUACUCAGUCUCUAAAAUACCUGUUCAAUCAGAUCGUCGUCGGAGAACACGGAGAAGUUUUAGUAGCCAGAAGCACCAUCCAAAAAUGAGAGAAACAGAAGAUGAUUGGGAUCUUCCAAUGGACUAUUUAUGAUCUGUAGAGCUGUGAACCCAGCUGCAGUGGGGGCUUGGUCAUGUUGUGUGGCCCUCACAUGUAAAUAUAUUUGUAGUGGUUGUAAAUUUGUAAUGCUGUCUCCUUAAUUUCUGUUUGCCCUUUUUAAUUAGGUUGCUUAUUAUUGUGCAAUCUCUCAUAUAUUUAUAUUAUUGAUACUCCCUCUGAACUCGGUGCAAGUGUUUUAUUUCAGAACCUGGGCUUCUGAGUGUAACCUCAUCUGUUAUAAGUGUCGGCAUAUAUGGCAUUCGUAAUCAUCGCGGGCUCUUGUAGCUCAAGCAGAGAAGAAGAGACAAGCGAAAACUCCAUGCUUUGCGCUCCUCUCUGCUCGCGCCUUGCAAGCACCGGCCUUGCUUAUAUUAUACCCUUGGAGCAUGUUCAAAAAGAUGAUGAAUCAUGGAGCUCAACAAUAGUACGCUUGGUAGUUUGUUUUUGCCAUCGACACUGGAGUUUUAUCUAGAAGUGCGUACUCAUCAGGAUUCGUUUAUGGAAUGGAAUGAGGUGAAAAUAUUUUAGUUCGGAACAUGUAAUUAAUUAUAGCAGCAAAUUAUUUGGUUUGUUCAGUCUUAUGUAGAUUUCAUGUAUUUUUAGUGAAAUGAAAUCUCACAUUUAGUGAAGGAUUCCCAAUAAAA